AUGGCCUCAGCCUCUGUGUUAGUGUCACUCCCCAUCCACAAGCAUUUCAUGGUGCCUUGGAAUGAUAUGCGGAGAGGUGAUUGCUGUGGACGCUUUGAGUCUACCACUGAUGGCUACUAUUGUAAAAAGUGUGAUUUUUUCGUCCACAAGAUAUCUGGCGACGGGGUCUCCGAAUAUAUACAACACCCAUCUCACUCCCUUCACACUCUUCAGCUGCUUCUAAGUAAACCACGGCACUAUUGCAAUUUAUGUGGAAAGAAAAUCGUGGGUCUAUGCUAUCGUUGUGAGAUAUGUGACUUCGACGUGGAUCUAUGUUGUGCCAAUAACCCACCACCACCAGAGGUUAUUGACAUUUCCGAGACGCAUCCUCACAAACUCACACUUCUCAAGGAGCCGAGAGAGUUUGCCUGUGAUGCUGAAUGUGGGAAGCAGGUUUGGUCGCGGGUUUUCUUACAGAUGUGA